AUGCCACAUCCUCCAGUUAACCCCACCAGGAUCAAAACAACGCUCAAGAUGGCUAUCAGCAAGCUCAAGUUUGUACAAGAGAAGAAAACUGCUCUUACAAAACAACAAAGAAGACAAUUGGCUGAUAUUCUCAAAUUGGGAAAAGAAACCAGUGCUGAAAUCCGAGUUGAAAACAUCAUUAGAGACGAUGUUUAUGUUGAGCUUCUCGAGUACAUGGAAUUGUAUUGUGAACUUUUGUUAGCAAGAAUUGUGUCGAUUUCUGACUUGACCAGAACGACUGUGGAUCCCGGAAUUGAAGAGGCUGUCAGUUCAGUGAUUUAUGCUGCUCCUCAUUCGGAACUCAAAGAAAUGACAAUGCUACGUGACAUGUUCCAUGUUCGGUACGGUGACGAGUACUUUAAAUCGGCCGUUGACAACGAAAAUGGAAAAGUUCCUGAGAAGAUUUUGAAGAGAUGCCUGGUUGAACCGCCACCAGAAAGUCUUGUUAUCUUGUACUUGAGUGAAAUUGCACGAACCUACGAUGCGCCAUACUCCAAGAUGAUCGUCAAUGACAAAGACGACGACGAUGAUGAACCAAGUGGAGGAGAAGCCCUCAAGGAAAAAGAGAACGAGAAAAAAUUAGAAAAUCCUAUUGGCGAAAUUGCCGAGUCUAAACCACAAUCGGCAGCUAAGAAAGACCAGCAGGACUUUGAUCAGCUCAAGGCAAGAUUUGCUGCAUUGAAAGGAGGAAAAUAA